AUGAGAAACAAUAGACUUUGUGUGACCGUGGAAGAGUCCUGCGGUGCGUUGGCCCCAGAGGGUCAGGGUAUCAUCAUCUUCACUGGCAAGCGCCGCCUGUCCGCCAUGUGUCUGGCUCUGACUCUGCCCACGUUCGUUACAUUGGCUGGACAAGUCCUGCUGGGCACUGAUCCCGUCAUCUCUAAACCUCCGUCACCUUGUCAACAAAAACGGGUGAUCGACAGCACUGCGGCCUCGGUGGUCAAUGGCUGUAUACUUUGGAGUUGGGCUACUGGCUUCAAUGCGCACGAGCGCAGAAACUACGGUACAAAUGGGGUUGGUGGAAACCGCGCACGGGACGAGGCGGUCUCAGAUCUGCCGCAGAAUGUCGUGCAAAACCCGCCCAUCAGCCCCUCCGAAAAGCUGCAGGGACCUCAUCGCCGCGUCUCAAAUUCAGGACAGGAUCCGCUUCGCAAAGAUCCGAGUGCCCUACGGACACAAUCAGUGACACUCGAAGCGGGGCAUGUCAUGGAGCUGGAGCUCUGCUGGGUAUUGCCCUACUUUGUCUACGGGUAG